AUGCCUCCUGAGAAUCUCGCCACUGGUGGUACCAACUUCACAGGAUCUUCGAGUCCACGUACUCCUACACGUACUGCCCACCACUCGAACACCCUCGAAGCCACACCAACAGCUACAUACUUGUCACCUACGGGAACUGCGACGUCAAUGUCACCGGAUGAUCCGCAGUAUCGCUACGGAAUGUAUUCUCCUACACCUACACCUUGUCCAAGUGAACAGAUGACGGCUCAGCGAUCACCUCCUGAUGAAUUCACAUUGCAAUAUCCUACUGGAACGAAUCACCUCGCGAUGGACACCUGGUACAAUACAACAUACGUAGGUAAUGAACAACCUGUCUUAACGCCGAAUCUUGGUCCUCCAUUUGAAGAUGUGUCUCGGCCUCCGAACGAUUCCCCGACCUUAAAGGACACGAGGACACGGGAUCCCUCGAAGGUGACAACACUCAGAGACAUUUCACCCUUCUCAACAUGGCCUGGCCCGACGCAAGAUUCACUCCUCAGAGGUUUCGACCCGACAGAUCUUCACCGCUUUGGCCUUGUCAAUCGGGAGUGGUAUCAGGUAUCGAAAUCGUUUCAAAAGAGGGCGUACAACAGAUCUAAAACCUUGGACCACUACUUCAACGAACAUGAGCAGAAAUUCCUGCAGCUAUUCCAGGCAAAAACUGGCGCUCUUUUGGCAGGAGAACCUGUGGAUCGGUUCUUUGCGCGUGAAAACAAUGAAGGCGAACUAGUCAUUAUUGUAUCAAUCGUUGAUGUAAUGGCCCUCGGUUGUUGGCUUGCAUUCAACGGCUUUCGUUGUGAUCCACGGAGGAACCCACAGCAAUCCUUUACAAAGACAGUCAGAGAUGAAAUGCACCGAGUGCACGAAACGACUGAUUGUCUCCCUGCCAGUACUUGUACAUUUCACUUCACCAAGGAGAGAUGUGCAACAACAGGAGUCGGUCCGAUUUCCGUUGGCAUUGUCAGUGCUACAUGUGCGCCAAUGGAGGUUGUACUCAAUGUACCACUAAGCGAUGGAAUGUGCUUUUUCACACACACCAACGCUAUCGCUUUAUUCCCGUACUGUUCAUAUGUGCGUAAAGAAACGUUGGAGAUCACUGCUAAGGAUGAUGUUGAACCUCAUUACUGCUUGAAUGGCAGCAUGCGUCGCAAAUGGGUUGACAGUGUUCAUGCAAUAGAUGCUUUGGAUCGACGGUCGGAGUUCGCCUCACACAGAGUACGUUUCGUGGGCGACGAUAACUGUUUCAUAGUCGCCCUAGAGGUGCCACCUUCGGUAGCCUCGAUACCAGACUUUGUCUUCAUCACAAGUUGGGAAAUAGACUACACUAUGAGGGAUCCAUCACUCAAAUUUGAGGUCAUCCGAGGUCCUUCGUGUCGGUACUAUUGUAUUGCACAGGCAGAAAUGUCUAAAUGGACUGCAGCGGGCGACUUACUGGUAGGGCUUUUCCACCGCCAUAACACGCAGUGGGUUCGCACCCACUACACCGCGCGUACUGAAUUACUCGACGGUAUCGCUGGUAAAAUUCAAGUCUUGAUGUAUGCCCACUGUAACUAA